GUAUCCAAUUGUAAGCUCAUUAGUGGAUGAUUAGACAGACACAGGUGUGCGGUGCUUCUCUGAUUAAAAUGCUCUUCUGCUCAGACUGAUGUGCUUUCUAGUAGGUCAGACAGGAGGAGUGCUUACAUUCUGCACAAAUUUGCUGUUUUCAGUGGCAUUUAUGGAGGCCUUGUAUUUUUGGGUUAGUCUCCUAGUUGGACUCUGUGUUGGGUCAUCUUUUGCUUUACCACCCAAACUGAGAGAUCCUUUACUUCAAACACCUGAGAUCACAGGGAGCUCCAAACACACUGAGCAACAAAAGGCUCCAGUUGAAGAACGACAGCAGGUGAAUACUGUGAGAGUGAUCUGCCAUCCGGACUCGUUGGAGAUUGUAAUCAAAGCUGACCUGUUUGGUGUUGGAGCUCCUGUUAACGUGCAUGAGUUGCGCCUUGGAGUGAAGUACAAUGAUUACUGCCGAGCUACCGUGUCUUCAUUAGAUGAAUACAGAAUCCGUGUUGGACUUGUGGACUGUGGCACCAAGCACUGGAUGACCGAUGAUUCUCUGAUCUUCACAAACCUCCUCAUAUACUCUCCUGUGGCCUCUUCAGCGGGGGUGGUUCGAAUGGAUGAGGCUGUAAUUCCAAUCGAGUGUCAUUAUGAAAGGAAGUAUAGUUUGUCAAGUUCUUCACUUACACCUGCCUGGAUCCCCUUCACGUCUACCCUAUCUGCAGUGGAAACUUUGCAGUUUGACCUGAGAAUUAUGACAAAUGACUGGCUAUAUGAAAGAAGUUCUAACGUGUUUUACCUCGGUGAGCCCAUUGGCAUUGAAGCCUCAGUCAGAGUGGGACAUCACGUGGGGCUCCGAGUGUUCCUGAGCAGCUGUGUGGCCACGCUUUCCCCAGACAUAUACUCUGUUCCCAGAUACGUCUUCAUUGAAAAUGGGUGCUUGGUUGACUCCCAGCUUCCAGGUUCAAGGUCCCAGUUCUUAACCAGGACACAGGACCACAAGCUCCAAUUGGUUGUUGAUGCCUUUAGGUUUCAUAAUGAGGACAGAGGAGAGCUCUACAUCACCUGUCACAUUAAUGCUGUACCAGUAUUUGAUGCAGAGGCACUAAAUAAGGCGUGCACUUUUGUAAAUGGAAGAUGGAGGUCAGCUGAUGGUAAUAACUACUUAUGUGGGUAUUGUCAAAGCCAAAAUGAAGUUGGCCAAACCCCCAGUAAGCCCAGCAGCCCAGCCAAGUUUGGUCCUCGUGGGUUUGGGACAGUGGAUGAACCUGAACCCUUAUGGAAGAGUGCAAUGAAGACCAAUACAGUGUGGGAACAGGAGGCGAGAGUUGGUCCGAUGAUGGUCUUGCCAACCAGGCAAAUAAGUGGACCUAUACCUGUGGAAGAGGUUCCUUCAGUUCUCAAUAAAAUAAGUAGACUUUCACUGUACGGCAGCCAGUGGAGAAGUGGAACAAAUGACAGAGUUGAUCAGAAGAAGGGACUGCUUCCUGGUUCACAAUCUACACCAGACCAGGUGGUGGUUAAGACUCUUGGUUCUGAGCAGAAUGAAGAUCUAAAAGAUGGAGAUGCUGAGGAAGCUUCUGCUCCUCUGGAAAAGGCAUUCCCCGAGGUCCACCUGAAAUCAAAGGCAGCAGCGCUGGACAAUGACACAACAGCCCUCGGUGACGUCAGCCUGACUGCUCAGUUUUCUCUGGCUACCACCGAACUGUUGAAUGCAACUGCAGCAGAAUCUAACAUUACAGACCCCAAAAGCACAAUGGUGAUUGCAGGUCACUGCGCCUCUCUGGCACUGUUGAUAUCAUUUGCUUUUGGUGUUGCAGAUGCCAUUCGACCUUUAAAAGAUGGACCCAUGAUUGAUGCUGAAGGAAGGGAAUAUAAAUCUGCCACGUUAAGAAUUGAUGCAAAAAACAUCAGCGGACCACAAUUCAAUCACGCAUCGGCUGUCCGCGUACGAUGCAAAGAAGCGUCCAUGGUCAUUGUGGUAAAGGCUGACCUGUAUAAAAAUGGACGCCUUGUGUCUCCUGGAGAGCUUUUUUUGGGAGGAGCCGAGCAUUCACAGAGCAGUCCGUGCCGAGCUGUUGCUGCUAGUGACUCUGAAUAUAUCAUUGAAGCUCCAUUGCAAGACUGUGGCUCCAAAUUAGUUAUGUCUAAGGACUCUGUGAUCUACACGAACAAGCUGAUAAUUUCACCAGCUGGCAGUUACCCUGGCAUUACAAGAAGGAAUCAUGCUGUCCUUGUUUCCUGUCACUAUAAAAGGACAAACAUUGUGAGCAGUAACUUUCAGCAACCUCCCCUGAUCUCCACUCCUGCAAAGUAUUCAACAGCUGCCUUCUCUUUAAAGCUGAUGACCGAUCAUUGGACGAGUGAGACGUUCUCCCGGGUCUUCUACAUUGGAGACCUCCUGCACCUCGAGGCAUCUUACACUGGUCCUGAUUCAGGUCAAAGACAACUCUUCAUCGACAGCUGUGUUGCCACUCUGUCACCUGACGCAACAUCAAUCCCCAGAUACUAUUUUAUUGAAAACCAUGGGUGCCUCGUUGAUGCAAAAGAGGAAGAAUCAAACGCACUGUUCCCACCCAGAAAGAGGGCUUCUUCUCUUCAACUGCAGCUCGAUGCCUUCCUGUUUCACAAGGAUUCAAGGAACUCAAUAUUUAUCACUUGCCAUUUGAAAGCAACCUCUAAAAUGUGGAAGAGCAGCCCCAUCAACAAGGCCUGCAAUUAUGUAAAUUCAAGAUGGAUAAAUGUGGAUGGGAGUGAUGUGUGUCAAUGCUGUGACAGUACCUGUUCUCCCAACGGUAAUAUAAAUCGGAGACGACUGAUCCCAAAAGAUAUGGCUUGUGGAACUGUAACGCUUGGCCCUUUGAUGGUUUUCCCUAGCAAGUAGGCAAGGGACAAAAAUCCAGACAAUAAACAUUAUUUGUAUUGUGUUCUUUUAAUUUUCUUGGCAUGGUGGCAUUAAAAUAUUAAAUCUGAGUAAAGAGUGUUUAAAUAGG